CUAUUGUACAGCGUGAGCUAGCUUAUUAUGAAGUCAGUGGAGAGCAGCCUUUAGCAGUUCUUGUCCAGUGUUAACAGACAGUACAGGAAUAUGGGCUGCAGAGAAGAACCAUCUUUGGUAGAGAAAUGUGCAAGGUGUGUUAGCUGCCUCAUAAUGUUUGUUUAUCUUACUUGGAAACAGUGCCACAGACGAUGCAGCUAAUCAAUGAAAGUGACACAUGAGCUAAUAACAGUGAGGUCCUCACCAUCCUGUUUUCCACAGCAGUGAAUGUAAAGGCAGACCCUUGACUCCACGAAAUGCAAUCUUUUCUAAUUGCUUAACACUGUAAUCUUUAACUAAAGUUAUCAAGGUACCAUGUUUAAUUUACAAAGAGCUAAUAUCACUUGCCUGCAGCCAGAUAACAUCUGCAAACACUGGUUUCUACUAAAUCUGCAGUUCAAGGCCUAGUCACUGCUAACAACAGGUACAUAAUAAUGACUAACAGACAAGUUGAACAGAAGGGUGGAUUCUAGCAUUGUUUUCCAAACAAGGCCUGCAAAAUGGCUUGAGUCAGUUUCCAUCCAACCUGGUUAACGCUCAGCUGUCAACAAGUUUACUGUAAGUCAAAAUGUUGUGCCUUGAUCACUGCUUUAUAACAGUGACAUUAACCUGUUGUGUUUUUGCUAUAACAUCAAGGAAAGGAAGCUUCCUUCCGGCUCAAAUUGCACCUGUUGAAUAGCAGUUUUGCAAUAUUAAGUGCCCCACCAAUAGCUUGAAAACAGUCGCCAGAGGGCACUCUGUUCUGUUUAGUGUGCAUUUGUCAGUAAUGAUCAAAGUAAUCCACUAAACUGAACCAUGCGUAGUGGUCUGUCUGGGCUGAUCUUGACCUGCUUUCUGAUUGGCAGCAGUCCAUACAGUCUCGCAGCCUUAUGACUCAAGCCACCUGUAGUUUCUGCAGGGAGGGGCCGAGAGUUGUGUACAAAAACUCUGUGAUGCGAAUGGCAAACUACAGAAAGACAUUGCUGACAUGUCAUUUUGGUCAUUUAUAUUUCCAGAGCAGCCCCAACACUGGUGUAACAAUAAGACAAACCCACAUUUCUAGUACAGCAAAAAAGAAGAAUGCAGCAAGAGGGUUUGGAAGGGCGACUUUAAGCAUCGGAAAGCUCUUUGAGGAACUGUAUGAAUAAACUUGACCACUAGAGAGCAUGAUAACCGGAGAUAACUACUUUCCUGACUGUCAGUCAGUGGGUGUUACAGGCGUACCGUUUCCUUAUCAGCACUCUGAAUACACCACAGCUGUGCAAUGUUUUAUGACAUAACGUUAAGAGGAUUGCCUUUUUGGGUGCUUUGCUUACUUAGUAUACCUAUGUCAAAACAAUGUCAGAAUUUGCAUGGGAGACCAAUGUGUGUUUUCAAAUGACACCUCACAGUAGUAGUAGACGUGCAGUUGGCCGCUGAAACUGAAACAGAGGACUUGAACAGGAAGCUUAACUUCAUGUGGUUAGCCAAGCAUUGCAAUGCAUACAGGAAGCCAUAAUCACUCAUUGGUCUUCAGUCUGAAAACAGUUGCUUUGCAAGUGAGCCUUUUCUCUCACGCAUCAAGAAAUUAUUCUGAAAAUGGCCCAGGGAAAGGAUCAUUCCUUUGUGAGCCGUAUUUUCAAACAUCGUAAGAGUACCCAAGACCAAAGAGGACAGGAGAGUGAGGUGCCUCGUAUCUCUGAGUUCACCAUCAUGUGGGAUAAGUUGAUGAAAGAGUUCUUAGCUAAAGCCAAAGAAGAUUUUUUAAGAAAAUGGGAGUGUCCACCACACAGCACAACGGGCCUGGAUGACUUUGAUAGGUUCAAGACUCUGGGCACUGGCUCAUUCGGACGAGUUAUGCUUGUGAAACAUAAAGAAACAAACCAGUUCUACGCAAUGAAAAUCUUGGACAAACAAAAAGUGGUGAAGUUGAAGCAGAUAGAACACACACUAAACGAAAAGAGAAUACUACAAGCUGUCUCCUUCCCUUUCCUCGUCAGAUUGGAGUACUCUUUCAAGGACAACUCAAACCUCUACAUGGUGAUGGAGUAUGUGCCCGGUGGAGAGAUGUUCUCCCACCUCAGACGUAUUGGAAGGUUCAGUGAAAACCAUGCAAAAUUUUAUGCAGCUCAGAUAAUACUCACCUUUGAGUACCUACACUCCUUGGACCUCAUCUACAGAGACCUGAAGCCUGAAAACCUGCUCAUAGAUCAACAUGGGUAUAUCCAGGUCACAGACUUCGGCUUUGCCAAAAGAGUAAAAGGCAGGACCUGGACAUUGUGUGGAACUCCUGAGUACCUGGCUCCAGAGAUCAUCCUCAGCAAGGGCUACAACAAAGCUGUGGACUGGUGGGCACUUGGAGUCCUCAUCUAUGAAAUGGCUGCUGGUUACCCUCCUUUUUUUGCUGAUCAGCCUAUCCAGAUCUACGAAAAGAUUGUGUCUGGCAAGGUACGAUUCCCCUCUCACUUCAGCUCCGAUCUGAAGGAUCUGCUGAGAAACCUGCUCCAGGUGGACCUGACAAAGAGAUUUGGCAACCUGAAGAAUGGUGUAAAUGACAUAAAAAAUCACAAGUGGUUCUCCACAACAGACUGGAUUGCCAUAUACGAGAGAAAGGUUGAAGCCCCCUUCUUGCCAAAGUGCAGAGGACCAGGAGACACAAGCAACUUCGACGACUAUGAAGAGGAAGACAUCCGUGUCUCACAAACAGAAAAGUGUGCAAAAGAGUUUGCUGAGUUCUAGUGAGCGGGCAAGAGUCCCAUCAGGGCUCACGAGUUUUGGGAUAUUUGCACUCACCUGAAGGUUAAGGUGGAACUGAGGCCGUCACGUGUUCUAAACAAAAUGCCUCGUUCCUUCAUUCCACACAGCUGAAUGAGGUCUUUCUUGCCAUGAUCCUGCGUGCAGGUAGCACUAACCUAUACACAGGCACAUUAUGCAGACACAUCCCUCGUGCUGCAACACAAAAAUACUAGAUCACGAUUUCAUCUUUUGUCUUUUUUCUUUUGGUGUUUAUGUUUUGCCAUGUUUGAAUAGCCUCCCUCCUCCUUAUUUUAAUUCAAAUAAUGAUUUGAAAAGGAACAUGAAAACUAAUAUUAUGCCAAUUUUCAAGUGGUUGAUUGUAUUAGCUGGUAUUGCACAUAUUGUGAUUUAAGCUUUGGGAAAAUAGUAGGGAUUUUUUCAUUUUGGUUUGAAUUUCUAAAAAUGUUUGUCAGUUAUCUGUCAUCUGUUACAUGCCUGAGUGUGUUUUAGGGUUCAGUUUGUUAUUCAUUAAUCACAAACACUUUUAACAUUAACCAUUAUUCAUCAUUCUGGUGUCCUUAAGACCUAGAACCGUGUAUUUGUGCAUACAGAAAUAUACAUAGAUGAGACAUAUGAUUUUUCAAAUACAUUUUGUUGUUAAAGCAUGACAAAAAUUCAAGUGAAGAAACCAGGGUUUAGUGAGGGAAAAGCAACAACGAUGACUUGUUGAAGGUUCUGAGUUUCAGCACUCUGGCAUUCAGUUCUUGAAGAGAUGGGUUAGCAGUGUUGUGAUGGAGCAGAGUCGUGUCAGCGCUGUAGUAACUGAUCAAUUGUAGCAUUGUUUUAACCAUAUCUGGUCACAUGCCAUUUUCUGUUACCUCAGACUAGUUGUGGUAUUAAAUUAAUGAAAUGAGAUGAUAUAUUUUUCAGGUACAACUCUGUUUCACAAGGUAAACUGAAGGGGUUUGAGCAUGUCACUCCACAUAGCAGGUCAUCUGUCUUUGGUACGACCAGAAAUGUAUGAAUUGCAUUGAUGAUGGCAUUUUUUUAAACAGUUGAAAGGUCAGUUUGUUAGAUUUUCUUGAGAGUGUGUAGUCAUGGAUGAGAAGCAUUGGUCACAUGGACAUAUUUUGUCAGUUGGGCGGUUGGUUAUCGAUUUUGUUUUUAAAGGUUAACUGUGCUUUAGCAGAGCACUCGGAAGUCAUUGUUUAACUGCCAUAUUUGUUUUAUUUUAAUUUUCACUUUUUGCAUGUUCGUUACAUUUGUACAGCAAUGUCACAACAAGCUAAUAGUUUCCUGAAAGUGUUCCCAUCUUUUUCUCUUUUGGGGGGGGGGGGUAUUGUAUUGUUUUGUUACCUUUUUUUUAAAUUAAUGCAUUAAAUAAGCAAUUUUAUGUGAGUGACAUAUUCCUCUUCAUAAUCCCCUGAAAGCAAAACUACAUCAUUAACCAUGAAAUAAUAACAAAAAACGGAAAUAUCAACACCUUAAAAGUAUUCAUGCAUCUUGGUCACUACUUGGUCGAAACAUAUAUGUAGCUCAGCUAUUAGCUUGUAGUCUCUUUGCAUCAUUUUAAAAAAAAACAAAUUUGUACACUGUGAUGGAGCAAUAUUUGCUCGUUCUUCCUCGCAGAAUUGCUCAGGAUGAGCCAGGUCGGUUAGAGAACGUUAACAGGCACAAAUGUUGUGGUCUGGUUUCAGAUUAUCAAAGGAAAUAAGACUUUUUUUUCCCUUGUAAAUCACUCCUGUUAAGUUACUGUAUACAUAUGUCAUACACAUUUUCUCCCCUCAAGAGAAAUCUAGGUUUUAUGAGGGAUUUUUUUUAUACCAGGCACCAUUUAUUUCCCAUGAAUUCUGACACAUUGCCGUCCUUGCUGCUGAAAUGUAGUCCCUGCCUCCGCAAACUCCUCACAGGUGGACUUUUGUAUUGGAACAGGUGAUCAUAGAAUCUGUAUAUCACAGGUUCAAUACCUACAAGGCCAAGGUGUCCACUUGUUGAACUUCCAGAUGUCAGAAAAGUGCUCCUGCCUCUGUGAUCCUUUGAUUCCCUAGAGGGAACUUUGUCUCUGCCGUCCACACAGAGGUCAGAGUUUGAGCUCAUUUCUGCAGGUCGGACACUCAGGGUUGUGGGGAAAUCAGAGUUUUGCAUUUCACAUCUUGUUGGAAACAAUAAUCCAUUGUCUGUCAAUUUAACAUCUCUUAAGUCUUCUGAAGUUUUGAUCAUUAUUUGACUUGGUGCUCAAGUGUUUGUAGAUGAGGAAAAAUGCAAUUUAAUCAAGUUCAACAAUCUUACACAACCAAAUGUGAAAAGCCUUUUGGGACUGAAUGCUUUUUCAAAGGUACUGAUGUGCUGUAUAUGAAUAUUGGCUAUGCCUGAAUUUAAACUUUUUUUCCCCAUAUAUUGUGCACAUGAUGUGAAAUUUUUUUUAGCCCUCAUUUAAUUUCCAAAGGCACAACUGUUUCUUAUGCUAUUAUUUAUAUGAUAGAUCUCUGAUGAAAUUACAUUUUAAAUGUUUAAACAUGCAUAGUUGUCAGUAUAUAAAAGGAGACUCCAAAUGUUUUAUUCACAAAAGUGUUAUAAAUAGUGAAUAUAUUGGGUUAUUUAUUUGUAUAACAUUUUUUUUAUUUGCCCUUAUUAAAAAUAAAACAUUUUAUAGGAAUAAACAUAUUUAGCACAGUUAAUACACAUUGAUGCGUCUCAUGCCUAUUUAAAAUGAGCCUUUUAAUUUAAGUUAUUUUUUGUUAUUUUUCUUAACCUUUUUUUGUUUUAGUUCUCUAUUUAGUAAGUUAACUUUUUUAAAGGGGAUCCAACAUUAUUUUCCCAGUUUGGAGAGGUGAACGGAAUGUAAUGGCAGAAUCAAUGACAUUUUUUAUUUGGACUAAUUUUGAAAGCUACAUCUGGGAAUUCAGCAUGUUUCCAUCCAAACUGUCUGUGUGUGUAAAUCUUCCCAGAAAGUAUGUAGGAACUCUACAGCUCUUCUUAUGCGUCAUUUAUCUUCCCCAUGUGUGUAAUAAUGUUCGUCAUAUUUGAUGUAAGUGGUGGCACUUUUCCCUGAGCCACCUUACACUCCUGAAUGAAAUCAGUUCACGAGUUCUUCGUAGCUAGUCACACAUGCCAGUAUGGGAUCAAUAAUCUGAAAUGUGUCUGUAUUUAGUUUGUGGGAUAUUUUGCACAUCAUUUAGAAGGCUGACACGUUUUUUCCCACCCAUAUUUACUUGUGUUUGCAAGGGGAAUAUACUUUGCUGUAGCAGAUUUUAUGUAACAAAGGAUACGUCACUAUAAUAAAUUCUUUUUAUUAAAAACUA